CUUCACACUACUUCCGGCCCCACUGCUGUGGCUUACGCUCCUGUGCUGCCGCCGGGGUUGUGUGGAAGGAGGGGAGCCCACGGUGACUAGAGGGAGUCCAGCCGGCCGAGAGAAUCGAAGAAAAUGUGAGCGUUAGCAACAUGAAGCCGGAAGGUGGGAAACCCGGGACUGUUGUCGCAGUUGUGACUGAACCUCGGUUUACCCAGCAGUACAGGGUCUAUCUUGAGAAGCAGCAACUCCUGGAUAGACAGCACCGUGUGGUAAAGAUGCCGGAUGGCACGGUGGCGCUGCCUGUGCUGGGAGAGACCCUCCUGGACCAGCACCUGCAGGAGCUGAGGAGUCGCGUGGCUCCAGGCAGCACCUGUAUGCUGACGCAGCUCCUGCACCCUGUACCUUCAAAGGCGGCCCAGAGUUGUUCACCUGCCCAGCGGCUAUGUCUUGAAGUGAGUCGCUGGGUAGAGGGCCGAGGAGUCACGUGGUCAGCUGAGUUGGAGGCUGAUUUGCCCCGAUGUUGGCAACGGCAUGGUAACCUCUUGUUGCUGAGUGAGGACUGCUUCCAGGCCAAGCAAUGGAAAAAUCUAGAACCAGAACUCUGGGAGACUGUUGCCUCGGCACUUGGCGUCCAGCGUUUAGCGAGACGAGGACGGAUAUCAGCGGAUGGCACUCGAACUCCAGCAGUGACUUUGCUGCUGGGCGACCAUGGCUGGGUAGAGCACGUGGAUAAUGGAAUCCGAUAUAAGUUUGAUGUGACCCAGUGCAUGUUCUCCUUCGGAAACAUCACCGAGAAGCUGCGAGUGGCAUCACUGUCCUGUGCUGGGGAAGUGGUGGUGGAUCUUUAUGCAGGGAUUGGUUAUUUCACACUGCCGUUUUUGGUUCAUGCUGGUGCUGCCUUCGUCCAUGCUUGUGAGUGGAACCCCCAUGCUGUAGUUGCUCUUAGAACAAACCUUGAGAUCAAUGGAGUCGCAGAUCGGUGCCAAAUACACUUUGGGGAUAACAGGAAGCUGAAGCUUUCCAACAUCGCGGACAGAGUGAACCUGGGGCUGAUUCCUAGCUCUGAAGAAGGCUGGCUCGUUGCCUGCCAAGUGCUACGACAGGAUGCUGGGGGCAUUUUGCAUAUCCACCAAAAUGUGGAAUCUUUCCCUGGGAAGAAUCUCCAGCCUUCUGGAAGCAGUGGAAUGGAGGAGGACCAAUGGCCUUAUCCUCAGCAAAUUAUCACCAACCAAGGGAAAAAUAGAACUACCAGCGAUUCUGGGGGAAAAAUGCUGGCAGGUGCCACCAAACCAGAGUGGAGAAAGUGGGCGGAAUCUGCAGAAACACGCAUUGCCGCUCUUCUUCAGCAGGUGCAUGGGAAACCGUGGAAGACACAGAUCCUGCACAUCCACCCAGUGAAAUCCUACGCUCCCCACGUGGAUCAUAUAGUCCUGGAUCUGCGAUGCCGCCCCUGUCCUCUUGUUGGUUAGAGGAGAUGGAUCCUGGGCAACUAGGGAUCCACACGUGAGCAACCCUGAAUGCAUCAGCUCAGUUUUCUCAGAGGACUUGCUGGAGAAUAGAUCCGCCUGGUCAAGAAGAGGCAACUAAUGGAACCAAGGAAGAGAGAGUGGAAGAUCCAGGAGGCUCAUGGAGUCCUUGUCACGUCAAUCCAGGAAUUUGAAAAAGUCCUGAAGGCUUCCUUUCUGAGCUUCAGUACUAGUUACCAGUUAAUGCUCCCACCUGAUGGACGUGUGAUUAAAAAAAUAAUUUUUCAAAA